AUGGCAAUGGCUGCAACAGCUUCUUCUUCUUCUGGGAUCACAAGCUUUGCUUUCUCUCGUUCCGCCAAUUCGUCAGAGCCCAAAGUGUUGCAAAUCGGUUCGUUGAGAUUGCUGGAUCGUGUUCAUGUCACUCCGAUAUCUCUGAAUCAACCUGGGAAACGAUCAUCUGUUAAACCCUUAAACGCAGAGCCAAAAACAAAAGACUCGAUGAUUCCUCUCGCAGCAACAAUGGUAGCAGAGAUUGCAGAGGAAGUAGAAGAAGCAGUAGAAAAGACUGAAUAUUUCGAACAACUUGCAAAGAAUCUAGAGAAUGCUUCACCUCUUGAGAUCAUGGACAAAGCCCUUGAGAAAUUCGGCAACGAUAUCGCCAUCGCAUUUAGUGGUGCAGAAGAUGUUGCUUUGAUUGAGUAUGCUCAUUUAACUGGGAGGCCAUAUAGAGUAUUUAGCUUAGACACAGGGAGAUUAAACCCUGAGACGUAUAGGUUUUUCGAUGCGGUUGAGAAACAUUACGGGAUUAGGAUUGAGUAUAUGUUUCCUGACUCUGUAGAGGUUCAAGGUUUGGUUAGGAGCAAAGGGUUGUUCUCAUUCUACGAGGAUGGUCAUCAGGAGUGUUGCCGUGUGAGAAAGGUUAAACCUUUGAGGCGUGCACUCAAGGGUUUAAGAGCUUGGAUAACCGGUCAGAGGAAAGAUCAAUCUCCCGGGACUAGGUCUGAGAUUCCGGUUGUUCAGGUCGAUCCGGUUUUCGAAGGUUUAGACGGUGGAGUUGGUAGUUUGGUGAAGUGGAAUCCGGUUGCGAACGUUGAAGGGAACGAUGUGUGGAGGUUCUUGAGGACUAUGGACGUUCCGGUUAACGCAUUGCACGCUGCAGGGUAUGUUUCCAUCGGUUGUGAGCCGUGCACGAGAGCGGUUUUGCCUGGACAGCACGAGAGAGAAGGGAGGUGGUGGUGGGAAGAUGCUAAGGCUAAAGAGUGUGGACUUCACAAAGGGAAUGUCAAGGAAGGUGGUGAAGUUGAGGAGCAAGCAGUCUCCAAAUCCGUUGUUGUUGAGGAUAUCUUUAAGAGUGAGAGUGUUGUGAGUUUGAGCAGGCAAGGGAUUGAGAAUUUGAUGAAGUUGGAGAAGAGGAGAGAGCCUUGGAUCGUUGUGCUUUAUGCUCCGUGGUGUCCGUUUUGUCAAGCCAUGGAAGCGUCGUAUGAUGAGUUGGCGGAGAAGCUUGCUGGAAGUGGAGUCAAGGUUGCGAAGUUUAGAGCGGACGGUGAGCAGAAGGAGUUUGCGAAGAAGGAGUUGCAGCUCGGUAGCUUCCCGACGAUACUUGUCUUCCCCAAGAAUUCUUCGAGAGCGAUCAAGUAUCCUUCUGAGAAGAGAGACGUUGAUUCUUUGACUUCGUUCUUGAAUCUUGUCCGACUGCUAGAACAGAUGGAAGUUGGUGUUUGGUUGGAGAAGCAAUUAGCAGCUUUAGAUCACAGAGUUAGAGAUAGGCUCUGCAACAAAGCUUGA